AUGGCGGAUCUGUUGGCACCCUGUGCUCCCGUGUUUAACCUUCACAGCCACCCCCUCAGGAGGGCGCUGUCAUUCUUUCCACUUUACAGGUGGGGCCCGAGAAUUUGCAUUUCUGACGAGUGCCCAGGUGAUGCUGACGACGGGCCUUACUCCAAAGGAGGCAAGGAUGCAGGAGGGACCGAUGUGGCCCUGGCCUGCCGCAGACAGAGCAUUCCAGAGGAGUUCCGUGGGGUCACCAUGGUGGAGCUGAUCAAGAAGGAAGGCAGCACACUGGGCCUGACCAUCUCAGGUGGCACGGACAAGGAUGGGAAGCCCAGGGUCUCCAACCUGAGACCCGGGGGGCUCGCUGCCAGGAGUGACCUGCUGAACGUGGGCGACUAUAUUCGGUCAGUGAAUGGGAUCCAUCUGACCAGGCUCCGCCAUGAUGAGAUCAUCACCCUGCUCAAGAAUGUGGGCGAGCGCGUGGUGCUGGAGGUGGAGUAUGAGCUGCCCCCGCCCGCCCCUGAGAACAGCCCAGGGAUCAUCACAAAGACCGUGGACGUCUCCCUGUACAAGGAGGGCAAUAGCUUUGGCUUUGUCCUCAGAGGGGGUGCCCAUGAAGACCUACACAAGACCCGUCCGCUCGUCCUGACCUACGUCCGGCCCGGCGGCCCCGCUGACAGGGAGGGCUCCUUGAAGGUGGGGGACAGGCUGCUCAGCGUUGAUGGGAUCCCGCUGCAUGGGGCCAGCCAUGCUUCUGCCCUUGCCACACUGCGGCAAUGCAGCCACGAGGCGCUCUUCCAGGUGGAGUAUGAUGUGGUCAUCCCAGAUACUGUGGCCAGUGCUUCGGGGCCCUUGAUAGUGGAGAUAACCAAGACGCCUGGGUCAGCCCUGGGGAUCUCACUCACCACUGGCUCCCACCGGAACAAGCCAGUCAUCACCAUUGACCGCAUCAAGCCGGCCAGCGUGGUGGACAGGAGUGGGGCCCUGCAUGCCGGAGACCACAUCCUGUCCAUCGACGGUACCAGCACGGAACACUGCUCCCUGCUUGAGGCCACCAAGCUCCUGGCCAGUGUGGUGGAGAGAGUGCGGCUGGAGAUCCUGCCUGCACCCCAAAGUCGGCGGCCCCUGAAGCCCUCAGAGGCAGUGAAGGUGCAGAGGAGUGAGCAGCCACACCGCUGGGACCCCUGCGUGUUCUCCUGUCACAGCCCCCGGCCCGGCCACUGCAGGACACCCACCUGGGCCACACCUGCUGGCCAGGACCAGAGCCGAUCCUUGUCCUCGACUCCCUUUUCCUCGCCGACCAUGAAUCAUGCCUUUCCCUGCACCAACCCCAGCACUCUUCCCCGUGGAUCCCACCCCAUGAGCCCCCAGACCACAAUGGGAAGGAGGAGGCAGCGAAGAAGGGAACACAAGAGCUCGUUGUCACUGGCCUCCAGUACGGUAGGGCCUGGGGGACAGAUCGUGCACACGGAGACCACGGAGGUCGUGCUCUGCGGAGACCCCCUCAGCGGCUUUGGCCUCCAGCUCCAGGGAGGCAUCUUCGCCACCGAGACCCUGUCAUCCCCUCCCCUUGUGCGCUUCAUUGAGCCUGACAGCCCGGCAGAGAGGUGUGGGCUGCUGCAGGUGGGGGAUCGGGUCCUGUCCAUCAACGGUAUUGCCACCGAGGACGGGACAAUGGAGGAAGCCAACCAGCUGCUGCGGAAUGCGGCGCUGGCCCACAAGGUCGUGUUGGAGGUCGAGUUUGACGUGGCAGAGUCCGUCAUCCCGAGCAGUGGCACCUUCCACGUGAAGCUGCCCAAGAGGCGUGGUGUGGAGUUGGGCAUCACCAUCGGCUCGACCAGCAGGAAGCGAGGAGAGCCCCUGAUCAUUUCUGACAUCAAGAAGGGCAGUGUGGCACACAGGACCGGCACCCUCGAGCCGGGAGACAAGCUGCUGGCUAUCGACAACAUCCGCUUGGACAACUGCCCUAUGGAGGAUGCUGUGCAAAUCUUGCGGCAAUGCGAGGACCUGGUGAAGCUGAAGAUCCGGAAGGAUGAGGACAACUCUGAUGAGCAAGAGACCACAGGUGCCAUCAGCUACACAGUGGAGCUGAAACGCUACGGGGGUCCCCUGGGCAUCACCAUCUCGGGCACAGAGGAGCCUUUUGACCCCAUUGUCAUCUCAGGCCUCACCAAACGUGGUCUGGCUGAGAGGACUGGCGCUAUCCAUGUUGGGGAUCGUAUCCUGGCCAUCAACAGUGUUAGCCUCAAGGGCCGGCCUCUGAGUGAGGCCAUCCAUCUCCUGCAGGUGGCUGGCGAGACUGUCACCCUGAAGAUCAAGAAGCAGCUAGACCGCCCCCUCCCACGACGCAAGUCGGGCAGCCUCAGCGAGGCCAGUGAUGCAGAUGAGGACCCACCUGAGGCACUCAAAGGAGGCCUGCUGGCAGCCCGGUUCUCAACUGCUGUGCCCAGCGUGGAUAGCGCUGUAGAGUCCUGGGACAGCUCGGCCACAGAGGGUGGAUUUGGGGGCCCAGGCUCCUACACUCCACAGACGGUGGCUCGGGGCGUGACCCCCCAGGAGUGGCGGCCCAGCCGGCUGAGAAGCAGCCCCCCACCCACUGAACCCCGGAGGACGAGCUAUACCCCGGCCCCCACGGAUGAGAGCUUCCCCGAGGAGGAGGAAGAGGAGGACUGGGAGCCACCAACUAGCCCAGCCCCUGGCCCUGCCCGUGAGGAGGGCUUCUGGCGCAUGUUUGGGGAAGCGCUCGAAGACCUGGAGUCAUGUGGUCAGUCAGAGCUGCUGAGGGAACUGGAGGCAUCCAUCAUGACGGGCACGGUGCAGAGUGUGGCCCUCGAGGGCAGACCCAGCCACCAGCCCUGGCAGAGGGGCCAGGAGGUACAAGCGUCCCCUGAAGAGAUGCAGGAGCUGUUGCUGCCGACACCCUUAGAGAUGCACAAGGUGACCCUGCACAAGGACCCCUUGCGGAAUGACUUUGGUUUUAGUGUCUCUGACGGCCUCCUGGAGAAGGGUGUCUAUGUCCAUACUGUGCGCCCUGAUGGGCCAGCCCAACGUGGGGGCCUCCGGCCCUUCGACAGGGUCCUUCAGGUCAACCACGUUCGCACGCGGGACUUUGACUGCUGCCUGGCUGUGCCGCUCCUGGCGGAGGCAGGCGACGUCCUAGCACUGGUCAUCAGCCGCAACCCUCUGGCACAGAGCAGCCGAGCCCCGCGAGCACCGGGCCCCAGCAGCCCCCGGAUGCUCUGAAGUCAGCAUGUGGUCUGGACACCCCAGGGGCUGCUGGAGUAGAUCCUGGCCGCCAGACCUGUAACUGGGCUGGAGACCUGGCCGCUCACUCAUCCAUCUGUUCAUCU